AUGGCAGAUGAGAAAAGUUUUGUGAUCGGUGCACUUCUUUACCCUGAUUAUGACCUUUUGGAUUUUAAUGGCACAAUUCGUUUUUUAGGUUCAUUAAAAAAUGAUGGUUUAAACGUAAAGAUUAUUACAAUUUCUCAACAUGGAGGAAAUGUUAAAUCAAAUAGUCAAUGUCAAAAUUUGUCGGAUUAUUCUUUCGAUGAAUGUCCCGAUUUUAAUGUUCUGUUAGUGCCAGGUGGUUUGAGUACCGGGGAGGAAAUUAACAAUUCAACCUUGAUAAAUUUUAUCGAUAAGUGGAUUCCAAAAGUAAAAUAUGUUUUGGGGGUUUGUACCGGAAGCGCUUUAAUAGCAAAAACGGGUCAUUUAAAUGGUAAAAAAGCUACAUCAAACAAGAUGGCCUUUGAAUGGGUUGUUUCUUGCGGUCCAAAGGUAAAUUGGAUUAAACAUGCUAGAUGGGUUGUUGAUGGAAAAUUUUACACAUCUGCUGGAGUAUCUGCUGGAAUGGAUAUGGUACUUGGCUGGAUUUCGGAUAUAUUUGGAGAACAAUUUGCAAAAAGGUCUGCUUUGAUUGCUGAAUAUCAAUGGCAUUCUGACCCUUCUUGGGAUCCUUUUUCUGAAAUGGAGUUAGAACCUUCUAUUAGAGAGUUUUGGGCUAAUACUAACGAGUU